AGAGAGAGAGUGAGAGAGAGAGAGAGAGAGAGAGAGACAUCGAGAGAAAAUCCCUGUCUAGGCAUGGACCUCCGGCUGCAGCACUCGGCAGCUCGCGAGGAAUGACAACAGUUCACAUGGUCAUUAACUCCAGGCGCUGAGGCUGAAGGGAAAGCCGUACUGUAGCUCAGUGUCACAGAAGCACCGGGUGCCUCCUGUGUUCGGGACAGCAGACAGACAGAGCUACGGGACCCAGUGAAACGAGAUUACUGACAGAAAGUGCCUUGUGAGACAGCAUCCUUACUUGAAGAUCCCUGGGCGUUUCUGAAGAGCUCCAGAUUUUUCCCCUCUGCAGUCGAGAUAGGAAUCAGCCGCAAACACCCUUGACCUGUUUGUUUGUCCUUAUCUGUGCUCAGUGUGAAGAAACCACAAGCGAAGCAGUGGAGGCACUGCACUGCUGGCCAAGGUGCCAAAGCUCAGAGAGAGUAGGUCCUGAGGACUGAAGCCACAAACUGGUAAACCGUGCCAUUGCACCUCAAAAUAGUACCACAUUUGCCCCCAAACAUCCACCCUUUGCACAGAUAUCAUCAAUCAUUCAACGGUCAUUUUUUUGGGGACAUUGGUGCAACUAGUAGAGCUUGUCUCUGAGCAUGCCCCCUCGGCCUUGUCAGAGGUCUGCACCUGAGACUUACUGAUUAAUGAACAAUUAGCCGUGUAACUGACCAACUCCACAACAGCAGUGCAGUCCCAUGCUCCGCUCACAGAGACUUUUCCAGUCCAUUACCUCCACUUUCCUGUCCGCAAGGUCAUCCACUGACCUGAAGCAGAUUAUUCACAGUUGCAUGUUCCAUCAGUUUUAGUUGUUUUUAUUUUUUUUUUACUGGAGCACUUUUCACUGAAACACCUCCUCAGAGGAUAGCCUCCUCCUUAAAAACCAAGUGGCUCCACUCCACUCCUGCUCCACAGCCAGCGCUGCUGACAUGGCUCUAAACAUUGCCUCGAUACGGGACACAAAAUGGCUGACCCUGGAAGUGUGCCGGCAGUUUCAGAGAGGGACUUGUUCACGCAGUGAUGAGGAUUGCAAAUUUGCCCACCCACCCAAAAGCUGCCAGGUGGAUAAUGGGAGGGUGAUCGCCUGUUUUGACUCGUUAAAGGGCCGAUGCACACGAGAGAACUGCAAAUACCUCCACCCGCCCGCUCACCUGAAGACCCAGCUGGAGAUCAACGGGCGAAAUAACCUGAUCCAGCAGAAGACAGCGGCCGCCAUGUUGGCUCAACAGAUGCAGUUCAUGAUCCCCGGCACCACCAUGCAACCCGUGCAGACGUUUCCAGUCAGCCAGGGCCUGGGUUCCACCGCAGGUUUGAGCUACACCCCCUACCUGACUCCCAUGUCCCACAGCAUGGGCCUGGUGCCCACAGACAUCCUGCCCAGCUCGCCCGUCAUCGUCCCCGGCAGCCCGCCUGUCUCCGUGACCGGCUCCUCCUCCAACCAGAAACUGCUGCGUACCGACAAGCUGGAGGUUUGCCGUGAGUUCCAGCGGGGCAACUGCGCCCGCGGGGAGACCGACUGCCGCUUCGCCCACCCGAGCGACAGCCCCAUGAUCGACACCAGCGACAACACGGUCACCGUCUGCAUGGACUACAUCAAGAGCCGCUGCUCCCGCGAGAAGUGCAAGUACUUCCACCCUCCCGCCCACCUGCAGGCCAAGAUUAAGGCUGCUCAACACCAGGCCAACCAGACAGCUGUGGCCGCGCAAGCCGCCGCCACAGCUGCAGCCAUGACUCAGUCGACUGCCAAAGCAAUGAAGCGACCCCUCGAGGCAACUGUAGACCUGGCGUUCCCCCACGGCGUCCUCCAGCCCCUACCAAAGAGACAAGCACUUGAGAAGAGCAACGGUUCCCUGUUCAACCCCAGUGUUUUGCACUACCAGCAGGCGCUGGCCAACGCACAGCUCCAGCAGCCCGCUUUCUUUCCCACAGGGUCAGUCUUGUGCAUGACUCCUGCUAGCAGUCUUGUCCCAAUGAUGUACAGUGCUACGCCUGCUACUGUCUCUGCAGCAACAACUCCUGCCACAAGUGUCCCCUACGCAGCAACAGCACCAGCCAAUCAGAUCAUCCUGAAGUAAGUUUCAGGAAGGGAAUGGAGUGUCACGAAGCUGCACUAGGAAACCCAAAACAGCCCCUGUGUAAAUACUACCUUACCUCUCCCAUAGAGGUCCAGCAACCUGCAUGCUAAGAGUGUAACACUUCAAUUUAACCAUAAGAACUGCAGUGCCGGUGUAAAACACACACAUUUAAAAGAAAAACACACAAAAAACAAAAAAAGAUAUAUCAUGUAUGUAUUGCUAGAAAAAAAACUAUUAACAUGAAAAAGUAAAAAAUAUUCUUAUGUAUAGUACAUACAUAGCAGACACACUAUAGAGGUCAUUUUAACAACUGUUCUCCCAAAGUACCGUGGAUCCCCUCUCUUUCAUAUUUAUUCUAAAAACCGCUGCACAAUGUUCAUCCCUUUGGUUAGUGAAACAAAAAGAGACGCUUGAUUUGCACUAUACAAGACAUAAUAUAGUGCUGAAGUGGAAAACAGGAAGAGUCACAGUAAACCCGUGCACAACCACGCCAACGCACUUUCAAGAGCGUUCUCGUCUCGCGGUCUUUGCUUUCCUCUCUACAAAAGUUGAAUGUCCUCGGGGGCAGACGGGCUCAUGUUUUCUUUAUGUGACCGUCCCUGCUGCGAGGGUGGGUGACCCCCAUCUGCACCCUGAUGCUGUUCAGAUGCCAUGAUGAAGCUUACCCUCCCCCCCCUCCCCUGCCAACUUUUCAUCUCCGGAAACAUCUUGCCAAAGUUGGAAUCAACCUGCCGGAAAGAAUCAGAGCCACAUUUUAAACACCCUGAUAUUUUUUUUUUUUUUAUGUUUUGCCAUUGCGAAAGCUGCUCACAACACACCCUUUAUUUGUUUCGGGUUCUUUGUUCAGGAGGAGCGGUUUGUGGGAUAGAUUGUGCACGGAUUCCUGCAUGCAGUCGGGCACUGGGGGAAAAAAGACGGUGCCCCGUGUUGACCGGAAACAGUCGUGGCCAUUACCGAAAAAAGCCUAAAGGCUGGUGUCUGUGCCAAGGGCUUAACAAAGCUUGAGGGUUCGUUCCAGACAGACCAAGCCUUGUGUGUGUGUGCAUGUGUGUUCGUAUCUGGAUGGUCUGCCGGCAGACUGAGACUUGAAGCGAGGUGGAGCAGGUGAUGGCAACACCAGGCCUGGUAGGAGAAGUUUUUUGGGUGGGUGGGUGAGGGAAUUAAGUGCUAAGACUAAACUAAACAAACAAAAAAAACGGUGCAUUUGACGAAAUGUCAAGCAAAAAGAUGACUUGAACUUCGACUGGAGGGCUAUCUGUGACCGUCGGUUGUCCUGUCCAACCCUACUAUCACCGAUAAUCCUGUUCCAUUUUAGAAAAAACUGUAGAAGUGCCUAAAAAAUGCUCAUCAACAACACGUUCAUCCAGAGUGUAUCACUAAACAACACACCGGCUGUCAGAAGCGACAUGGACUUUUUCGGGAAAGACAUCAAAAAUCGUAAACGGGAAAACGACUUCCCGCUCAUUAAUUAACAUCACAAGUGACUUUAUCGAAACAAAAAGAAGUUAAAGAAACGACAAAUCAAAAAUAGCUUUGUAGAAUGUUUGGUGUACCAUCGUUUCUUACCAUGGUUUGAGUAGUUUACAUGAGGAACUUGAGUGAGAAAAAAAUGUAUUGUAAACUGUGUAAUGUAUGUAAAGUGUCUCUUAUUUUGAGAGUUUAUAUUCAUGGUUCUAGAAAUGUAUUCAAAGUUAUUUAAAAAUUUGUGUUGUGUCUACUAUCAAGGUAUUUUUGACCCCCCCACCUUAAACCCUCCACCAUCUCCACCUCCACUCAGAACAAUCAUUUAUUAUUUCCAGACCAACACUCUUGUUAUUUUUGGAUGUUUUAACUCACUAAAUCUAAUUUCCCGUAUUUCAAAAACUCUGAUGUAAUUUCAUGGUGCUUGAUUAACAUCGACAAUCCACAAUCACACCUUUGGGACGAGAGUGGUUCACUCUGGUUUUACAUUUUCAUUCACUCUGAUUGUCUCCACAUGAAUUUGUAUGUAAUAUUUGUGGAAGGUGGUAAAAGUUUUAUUUUGUUGUAAUUUAUCUUAUGUUACUCUUGGUCAAAUUUUAGUCAAAAAAAAUGUUGUUAACUAUUCUAUUUUGAAAUGAAUGUAAUUUAUUGAGCUGUGCUACGUUCUGCACGGUUGGUCGUUUUAAGGUCUAACCUGUCAGGUCAGCGAAUGAGAAGCCGCGCACACACGUCAGAGGGGCGGGGCUUAAAAGUCAACCCGCCAAUCGAAAGCUACUGGAUCUUUCUUGCCUUCUCAUCGAUAUAAAAAGAUCACGGUGUUGCAGUAAUGAGCAUAGUUAUAGAGUUGCUUGUGUUGUUGGAAAAAAAUGUUUAUUGUAUAGAUGACAUUUUACCAAAAAAAGAGAAGAAAAUUUCAAAAAAGAUGUACUUUUCACUCUAGUAUAAUAGUAUUUCAUAACAAUAUUAAGUUGUUGCUGUGGCAACCAAAUGUUGCAAUUACUAAAGUUCGGUAUUUUUGUAAAUGACAUUGUUAAGUUGAUUUUUUGUUUGUUUUUGCUAGAACACUGUACACAAGGUAGAUUGUAAAGAAGAUACGAACAUUUCUUAUUCUUCACUGAGAUUACGACAAUGACCUAAUAUUUUCAUUAGCAAAUAACAGCCUGUAUAGUGCUGUGACUGUAACACUUAAAUAGAUUUAAAGUCAUCAAUGUUACAUAGAUUAUAUAUAUAAAUAUAUAUAUAUAUAUAUAUAAGAACAAUAAUCUAUAAAUUAAUAAGUUCAGAUGUACAACUCUUCCCCUGACAAAGGACCUUUAGGUUCCACACUGAGACAUUAUAUCCGAGGCGUAUGUAUCACUAGAGUUAAGGAUUGCACUUUUCAUAUUGUUUAAAGAUGUGAUCUGUUUUUCAUUUCCUUUAGAGGUUUCUGCACCCUGCGAGUACAGUCAAACUGUUUAUCAAUCAAAAGCAGAUACCACCGGUAAAUAACUUUGAUUCAACAUGUUGCAUGAGAAAACAAUAUUUUCUUUUCUUACUAAAUGAUAACGUACUGAAUGUUUCUAGUGAAAAAAAAAAAGUCUGUACACAAAAUGUCCUCAUUUGGUGACCCACGACGCCCUUGUGUAUGGACUCCUCUUGAGAUGUAAUGUUUUUUUGAAAUGUGUUGGCAAUGAUUGACUGAUGGGUAAAAAAAGAAAAAGAAAAAUGUAAGCACUUUCUGAGCAGUUGGUCAACUGAGCAGACUCAGCUUAUCCAAACACUUUGCCUUAUCUUGAGUCCAUCGUGCUUAAGGUUUUAUGUUUUUAAGAGCUCUUAUGAAAUUUAUGAAAGAGACACGGUCUCUUUUCUAAAAACCCCU